AUGACUUUAUUGAGAUCCAGUAAUGGCGACGAAGUUUUUAACAAAAAUCAGACUCGUGUUGGUGAAAUUGAUACAUUAAAUGAAAAAUAUCAAGCACAAGCAUCAAUUGAAGCUCGUUGGCUAGUUGAAUUAGCCGAUUUAUUCUCAAUUCUUCCACAUCCCGAUCAAUGCAAUUUGAAUGAUGGAAAAAUUAUAUCUCUUGUCGAUUAUACCAGUUCACAUUGGCACCCUCAGUUGUUUAUAGAAAAUGCACUUGGAGAUAUGAAAGAGCAAAUAAGAUAUAGUGCAAAGAAAAUAUCGAACGAUCAAGCUUGCAUAUGUGAACAUCGUGAAAUCAAAGGAUUUUUUUGGGAAAAACUUGAAUUGAGUCAUUUCCCAUGUGAUAUUCAAGAACUAACGAUUUCUAUUGGUUCAAUGCUAUAUGAUGACCAAGUAAUACUGAUUCCAGAUCCAUAUUAUGACAGUGGAGUAAAUCGUGAAGCAUUCAUCGAUCAACAAGAAUGGUUAUUGUAUGAACGUGUCAAUGCAAAGCAACGCUUUGUUAAAGAGUUUUUUCAUAAUAAUAGUGGCGAUGAACAUAUCGACAUGGACUCGAACGAGGGGCGAAUACGUUCAUUGGUGUCUGUAUCAUGUCAUGCAGCACGUAGGUCCGAUUAUUUCUUUUGGAAUGGCUUCUGUCUGGUUUUUCUUAUUACUAUUUGUGGUUUUUGCAUCUUUGCAAUGCCUCCCAAUCUUCCUCAAAAUCGUCUUCAAACUAGUGCUACUCUACUUCUAACUUCCAUCACUUUUCGUUGGACUGUAAAUCGAUCUCUGGUGAGUAGACAUUAG